UUCAAGAUGGAUGGAAUCACGACCAACGCGCAGAAAGCGACACAACACUGAAUAAAGUCGUCGCCGCGUGGAGGAGAGGCCGAGCCGACGACGGGCAGGCCAUGGAGAGCCUUGUUCAUUACAGCAACCCCUCCCAUGCCCUCUCAGUGUUGGGGGUUCUGAAUGAGCAGCGACUGCGGGGCCAAAUGUGUGACGUGGUCCUGGUGGUGGCGGACCAGAGGUACCAGGCCCACAAGAGUGUUCUGGCUGCCAGCAGUGAGUAUUUCCAGUCCCUGUUCACACGGAUGGACGCAGAGUCACUGAAAGUUGUAAACCUGGACUUCUGUGAGCCCGACGCCUUCGAGAUAGUUUUGAAUUACAUUUACUCCUCCUCACUCUUUGUGGACAAAGGCAGCCUGGCAGCCAUUCAAGAGCUGGGCUACAGCCUUGGAAUCCCUUUCCUCACCAACAUUGUGUCAACAAGGCCACAUGCAUCCUACUGUGUGUCCAGAAAAAGGCUUUCGUUCUCAGAGGGGGAAGAGAAUGAUGUCCAGACAAGGAGCGUCAUUGUGUGUCGGGUCCGGAAUGACACAGCCAAUCCCUCUCGCUCAAGUUAUCAGAGAAAAACAUCAGAGAAAUCAUCGUCUGUGCACUCUGUCCGAGGGUCAGCUCAGCCGCCGUCAGAACACAACUCGUAUGAAUCAGUCAGGAACUCUGAAUCCAGCAGGAAGUCAUCUGAGCAGAGUGACGCCUCUGAGAGGAAGCCCACCUAUCCAUACAGCCCCAUACUAAAAGGAAACUCAUCACACAUCCCAUCUGUUAGGCCCCAGCUGACCUCGUCGGUAUCCUUCAGUGAUGCUGAAGUUCAGCACAUGAGGCUGCAGUCUGGCACUGAUCACGACGCAACGGAGGAGAACGAAGAGCAGGAGGCCCGCUAUCAUACCAAAGUGCCAUUUCAGGGUCAGGCCACUGAGCCCAGCCAGACCAUCGACAGGAGCGGGCCCCUUAUAAAGAGCCUGCUCCGAAGAUCUUUGUCCAUGGACAGCCCUGUUCCAGUCUUCUCCCCCACGCUGGAGCUCAAGGAGCUGCAAAAUCGAGAGCAGUCAGUUGUUAAAAUGGCAUCAAAAGCAUCUGGGCCAGAAACCUCUGCCCACAAUGGCAAUUCAACUAGAACAUCUCCUCUGGUUCUCAGGUCAAAGUACUCCAGCAGGAGGGACGAAUCAACUCAGGUAGACCACGAGGUCAGUGUGAAAGCAGAGCCCAGCAGUCCACUCGCUGACCCCAUGGACAUCAUUCGGAUCACAGUCGGGGAUGCUUUGCCGGUCAGUCUCAAAGACUUGCAGACAAAUUAUGACCAGGGUUCCAGGGCAGAGUUUAAUCCUGUGGGCAAAAGAAAGGACAGGCCAGAUAACAGGAGGUAUCCAUUCAAGAAGAGCAAAUUCUUUAAAGAGCAUGCCCUGUCGCUGGAUGUGAACAUGUCAGAAACAGCCACUCAGCAUGCCAGCAGUGACCCCAAUGAGGACAGCGAGGAGCCAACUCAGAACAAGAUUUUCAAAUGCUGGAAUUGUUUAAAGGUUUUCCGGUCCAGUGCAGGACUUCACCGCCAUGUAAAUAUGUAUCACAACCCGGAAAAGCCGUAUGCUUGCGACAUCUGCCACAAGCGCUUCCAUACCAACUUCAAAGUGUGGACACACUGCCAGACUCAGCAUGGUGUAGUACAAAACCCAGCAUCGUCCUCCAGCUCCUCCAUGCUGGACGAGAAAUUUCAAAAGAAGUUAAUAGAUAUUGUGCGAGAGAGAGAAAUAAAGAAAGCUUUGCUUUGGAAGCUGAAGAGGAAUAAGCAGGGUUUACAGUCUCCUGCACUUACCAAAAAGAGAUCAAGGCCCAGCUUCAUCUGUCCUUAUUGUGGGAAAGUGUUUGUAUUCCAGUCUCAGUACAGACAGCAUUUAAGGACACAUCCUGCUGAAAAGGCAGACCAGGACACAGCGAGCGAGGGCAUCCUCUACCAGGAACAGGAUGAGAUCAGUCAUCAGAAGAACACUGACCCUGGUGUUUACUCCUGUAGACUCUGUAACAUGAAGCUGUCGUCGCUCCUAGAGCAGGGUGACCACGAGAGAGGCUGUCGACAUUCGACUGUAUGCCCUUACUGCGGCCUCCGAUUCUCAAGUCCGGUCGUCAAGAAGGACCACGAGGCGCAUUGUAAGUACAAGAAACUGACGUGCCUGGAAUGCAUGCGGACCUUCAAAUCGUCCUUCAGCAUAUGGCGCCACCAGGUGGAAGUCCACAACCACAACAUGAUGACUGUUAAAGACCAGAUGCACCUGAAGCAGCAAGAAAACAGCGAAGAAACGUCAGACAUGCUCAAAGAGGAGCAUUACAGCGAUGAGCCUCUACCAACUGGGAGUUCUAGAGAGAACAUCAGCUACAGCGACUCCUCAGGUCCGCCCAUGUACGACUCAGAAGACUCCUCAUCCUAUGUGCCUGAGGACCUGAGCAUGGGUCACCUUGGCAAGCUGGUGGUGAAGGAGGAGCCGUUAGAGGAGGCUGUGAGUGAGAGGGACAACUCAGAGGCAGCCAAAAGUGGGCCCGAUGAGGCCGGUGUGUGGCCAUGCGAGAAAUGCGGAAAUCUUUUCAGCUCUCGCAAAGACCUGGAGCGACACCAGGAGCUGCUAUGCCACAUCAAACCAUUCAUCUGUCACAUCUGCAACAAAGCCUUCAGGACCAACUUCCGCCUUUGGAGCCACUUCCAGUCUCACAUGUCGACUGCCGGCGAACCUGGAGCCAAAGAGAUCGACAGACACCCGUCUCCUCUGUCUCCCUCUCCUCCUCUGACCCCUCAGACCUCAGAGCGUCCCUCCCCACAGGCCUCGGUGCUCAAAACCACCCAGGCGGCUCCAGUCGCUGCGGCGAUGGCCGAGGAGUCCAGCAGCCCGGAGCCCUGCAGCUCCUCGGUGAGCAAGACCAAGAGGCCGGAACUGGAACGGCAAGCCAGCGGCCACAGCCCUCUGUCGAGGUCCAACAGCAUGGAGAAUCCAGGCGGCUCUCAGGAAUCGGACACGCUUUUCUACCAUGCACCGUCUCUGUCUGCCCUGACAUUUAAGAGGCAGUACAUGUGCAAGCUCUGCCACAGGACCUUCAAGACGGCCUUCAGCCUGUGGAGCCACGAGCAGAGUCACAGCCACAUGUAGGCGCCGGACAGCCGUGCAUCUCUCCGAAGAGACUCUACUUAAUAUUAGAAUAAACACACCUCAGCCUACAAAAGGAAGACUUUGAAUGUAUAGCUUCUUCGCUUGCCUCCAAUGUCAUAUAUUCAAGUGGCCAUGUUCAUUAGAGGUGUAAAUGUGAAUGUGCAAUCAAGUGCUAGAUUCCUCUGUGAGAUGAGAUGAUUAUAAAUGGGUUCUUCUUUUUUUUUAUUAUUAUUAUUUUUCUUUCAAAAUGAUCUAAAAGAUUCGAUCUGUUUUAAACCUCUUUUAGUUGUCUUCAUGUAAUAACUGUGUAGGUGUUUUGAGAGAACACGGUACAGCGUCGCACCCCUCAUCACAGGAGGAGGAGGGACGACGACAUACGGUAUCCUCUCAAAGUGUGAAACCAGUGCUUUAAAAGUUUUGGAGGCUGCAGUUAAGUUAGUGCUUUUUGCUUUUGUAUCAGAUCUAUCUCUUGGUGUGAGUGACAUCCCUUAAGGUGAUAUUGGUGGCCUCAACGACGUAUUUAAUAUGCACUUUGUUUAACAGUUUGAUUCCGGUAUAGAGAGACGUAGUCCGAGACGUUUGCCUGGAGCGUUUAGCGUAGAGCCCGACCGAUACCGGAUCUUUAAAGGGGCUGAUGCAGAUUGUAGGAGAGCUGAAAAUCAUGAUGUUGAUAUUCUUUAUAUAUCUAUACAGUAUUUGUUAAAGUUAAUAAUGAGAAAGGAAAAUCAUGACAUGUUUACUUUCCAGCAACGUAUUUCACAAACAGUCGCUCUGCUGGACAGACUUUUCCUGCGUUAGAAAAGAAAAGAACAAAAAGAGAUGUUUUUAUAUUAGUGCUUAGCGGACAACAUAAACGCCGAUACAGCUUCAACAGGCCAAUGAUAAUCGCAGCCAACCGAUAUGUCGGUCGGGCUCUAGUUUAGAUUUUAAUCUGCAGGAGUAAAAAUGAUAAAUAGGCUCAAAUAUUUAUUUUUUUUUAAUCAUGCUUAGCGUUCCUCAGUUUCUGUUAGUUUUCUUUGAGUCUCAUAUUGCCUUUGCAUCAUUUAGUUCCAUAAUUAAAUAAGACCUUCAGUAUAACAACACGUGCUGUACAUCAAACACACCUCAGAUGCCUGUUUGUUUUUAAGCUCAGCGCUUCAGAUUUACCGCUCUCAGUCUUCAUUCAGUACCCACAGUGUAUCUUCCUAAUGAGCAGCCAGCGGAGUCGCUUCUACUUGACGGAGACGGUGCAAUCAUCAGUCAUAAGACUCAAAGAAGUUUUGUUUUCUGCAGGGAAAUGACUAAGAAAUCUAAAUGUUGCUGAGCUUUGUUAAAAAAAAAAAGUGCUCAAAGCAGCACUCUGGGAAUCACAGCAUCUGUCUGAGGAGAUAACGAACAAGUGGAUUGAUUUGAUAGCAUCCUUCAAGACGAGGUACACUAGACACUCUGGGGGCUCAUAGACGGGAUGUAAAAGAUGGAUGUAGCCGCUGUGACGUCAUCCGCUGGUCUGGGGACUGCUGUUGUGAACCCUCCUAGUCGCCAUCUUGGAUCUUUUUAAGAGUCAGAAGGUGGGAUUGACUAAACACCAGAGGACACACUGCCCACCCACCCACGUCUGACCAGAACCGUCAACCCACCAGACACACUCACAAACAUCAUCCAGUUUGACGCCUUCUUCUGAUUUAAUUUUCAAAUUAUUUUUCAGAUAGACUGAGAGAACAUUAAUCAGAAGGAGGGAACUCAACAAAACAAUCAUGACUUGUGGAAAACAGAUGUUGACUUAGCUUUUCGUAGUGAUGUUUUGAAUUCGAGUAGUGCUCUGUGGUGUUAAAGGCACUGCUGCAUUGGCUUCACUUGUUAAAGACGGCUGCUACAUCCAUUUUUUUUUGUUUACACAGUCUUGAGCCAUGUCCCAGCCACAGCGUUAUUUAAUUGGUCACAUGUCACGAGUAACAGCCUAUGAUACUGAAGGAUAAACUUUAGAAAGGAGGAGUUAUUUACAUUUUUAACAGUUUUUUUUAAAUUACAAAUGUAUAGUAAAAAGGCUUCAAAUAUUGGUUAUCAGUCUGCUUUGUUAAUAAAAAGUCUGUAUCGGCUCUGACACAAACAUAUCGGUCGACCCCUGAUAGUAAAUCAUGUACAUCAGUCACUUCUGGAUCCCUGCGGUCUGCCACCAGAACAGCACCGGUGUUCUGUAAACACACCGAUGGAGUUUUUUGCAAUUCAACACAUCUGGUAAUUAACCGAGCUUUACAGUGCUUUGAUGGCCUUAUGCAACUUAAGAAAAAAAAAAUAUUUUGUCAAUAUUAUUUUACACAAAAAGCACAACAGAGUUUCAGACGACUUAUGACUCAGGCAUUUCGAGGUGAUGAAAUCAUGAGGAGGGAGAAAACAAAUCUUUUAUUCUCUGAACGGUGACGGAGUGUUCCUGCUUCCUGAAGAUUUAUUAUAUAAAAAAAAAAAGAUUGUGUUUUGAUUGUAUUCCAGUUGUUUUACAAUUGUAUUCUUGUACAAGUAUACUGUAUAUUUCUGCUUCGGCUUGAUGGAUUAGAACUUUGUCAUAAAUUAUUUGGAUUGCACCUAUUUGGGAGGAGUCACAGAGAGCUCCACACGGACUACGGGACUUUGUUUUCCUCUGAGUGGGCGACGUAAGCUGCAUCGUGAUGUUCGAUUCUUUGCAGAAAUUCUGUAUUGAUAAUAGUGCUCUUAAUUUCUCGUGAGAAAAACUUUAUGAAAGUUUCACAGAAAUGAUUAGACUUGUGUACAUGGAAGUGUUUGUAUUCUCGAUUUUGUACCGAUUUUGUUAGUAUAUAUAUAUAUAUAUAUAUAUAUAAAAAAAAGUUUUAUCUU